CAAGAAGUUGAACAAAACGGGACCUUCAAAACGCUCCCAAUUAUUCUCGUUUUUAUCCCUGAAAAUGACUUGAUAUGAGUUGAAAUCUGCUGAAAUAUGGAUUGGAAGAGGCUGGUGACAUUAUCUACGCUCCGUACGUGGACCAUUUUUUUGGUUUUGACUGGUCUUUUGUGGGGGAAGUCGGCGGUGUGUAGAGCAACCACUGUGAAAGAAUUUGGAUCCUUUCUUACUGCUGCAGAGGAACAACUCUUAUCUAGUUUAGACCAGUUUGAACUGGUUUAUAGCAGUUUUCAAGAGGACAGCGACUUUACAAGACACAGGAAAGACAACUUCAACAAGAUAAAUGGUGCUAAGCAGUUAAGAUUAGAAGGAAAAAGUACACAGCUUGAUCUGGAUUUAUUACUAAACCGAGAUCUCACAAGGGCGGGUGUGAGGUUAAGACACUUUACAAAAGAUGGAACAUUCGAGGAGUUACAGACAUCACAAUGUCACUAUCAGGGUGUGGUCAGGGGUGUGGCCCGAUCAACAGUCAGUCUUAAUACCUGCAAUGGAAUCAGUGGAACCAUCGUAUUGAAAGAAGAUCACUUUAUCAUCAAACCUUUGUCAAAUCAUUAUAACCAGACUCAACAGCUUCAUGUCCUUUAUCAAGUUCAACCAGAAGGACCCUUUGAUGAUUUGGAAGAUUUGAACGAUCUUUUAAAUAUUUCCCAUGUUGAUGUGCAAGAACCAUCAGCAUCUUCGUCGAACGCACAUCAUAGAAGGGUUCGCAGAGAUGUUGCAUCAGAAGUGAAAUACAUUGAGUUGGCUAUCUUCUGCUCAACAAGUAUGAUAAAUAGAUAUAGCAAUGCUAACUUUGCCUUUGUACGGAUGUUGGACAUUGUCAAUGAAGCAGAUCUUUAUUUUCGUCAAUUCAACGUUCGUCUUGUAAUAACAUACAUUGAGCUAUGGGAGGACAAUGUAGAUCGUAUUACAAUUUCAGACAAUCUCCAUCUUACCUUGGAGAAUUUCCGUCAGUAUAUCAAAGACUCUAAUCGCACCAUUAGAUUUGAUGCCGCUCAUCUGGCCUUGGGCACCGAUGUUGAGCGAUCUAGAUCUUACUAUAGUACAAGUAGACAGAACUCUAUCUGUACAGAGAAAGCUGUGUCUCUCACAGAGGAAUUUAACUCUGAUGUGAUAUCAGCUAGUCUAGCCCGUGGCUUGGCUCAUAAUCUAUACAUCUAUAAUGAUGACUUCUACACCAGAGGCAGAGUCUGUGAAUGUGACGGGACACCAGGUAGCUGUGUGAUGUACCAAAGACCAGUAGACUGGAAGCCCAAACCACCGUCAGGAUUUUCUGAUUGCAGUAUAGAAGCGUUUGAGUAUCAUCUCCAGAGAGGGUAUUAUUCUUGUCUCUUCAAUGUUCCGACACCAGAGGAGCUGAUAAGCUUUGGUUCCUGUGGGAAUGGAAUACUGGAGUUUCCAGAGACUUGUGACUGUGGAUCACCUACGGAGUGUGCUGGUAACCUGUGUUGUGAUUCAAAGACCUGUCAAUUGACUGUAGGCAGUGAUUGUUACCAGGGAGAAUGUUGCAGUAGCUGUCAGUAUUUGCCAGCAGACACCAUGUGCAGAGAGAGUUCCACAGAGUGUGAUAUAAUGGAGAUGUGCACAGGGUCAUCGGGAAAUUGUCCAGAAAACAUUUACUUGCAAGAUGGCACUCCUUGCCUGGAAAACACUGGGUACUGCUUCAAUGGACGAUGCCCAACUCGUGAUGAACAGUGUCAAGAUAUUUGGGGGCAAGGUUCGUCAUCAGCAGAAGGCUGCUUAACUUUAAACACCUUUGCACGAUUCCCUUUUGGUCACUGUGGAUACACCAUCGGAGAAACCCUUACUUACUCUACUUGCGACUCUUCGUCCGGGCCACAAUCUCAAGCUCAAUGUGGUAUGCUGCACUGUAACAAUGCCUCAUUAUCUUUCUUUCCUGAUGGAUUUACACCGAGAGGUAACAACUUUGAAGAAUACUGUCUCUCCAUCUGGGUGGCUGAUUUAAACUUAGCUGACAUCAUCAAUCCGUCCGAUGUUGCAGAUGGCACAAUGUGUAGUGAGGGAAAGGUCUGUCGCGGUUUUGAUUGUGUGACAAUAGAGUCACUGGGCAUUCCUUCCUGUCCCUCUGUUGAAAGUGGAACUGUUUGCUCUGGAAAUGGGGUAUGCACAAACAAGGCCCAGUGCGUUUGUUUGGAUGGAUGGAGUGGAGCAGCAUGCAAUGAAACUGAUGGCACACCACCAACUUUGCCUCCACCCACUCCAAGCAUUCCUCCCCCGUCCCCAACGCUGAGCCCCAAUGGGACAUCUCCAACGUUGCCUCCGCCCACUCCAAGCAUCCCUCCCCUGUUCCCAUCAACAAUGAGCCCAAAUGGGACAUCUCCAACAUUACCUCCACCCACUCCAAGCAUCCCUCCCCCGUUCACAACAACAAGCCCCAAUGGGACAUCUCCAACAUUACCUCCACCCACUCCAAGCAUACCUCCCCCGUUUACAUCAACAAUGAGCCCAAAUGGGACAUCUCCAACAUUGCCCCCACCCACUCCAAGCAUCCCUCCCCCGUUCACAACAACAAGCCCCAAUGGGACAUCUCCAACAUUACCUCCACCCACUCCAAGCAUACCUCCCCCGUUUACAUCAACAAUGAGCCCAAAUGGGACAUCUCCAACAUUACCUCCACCCACUCCAAGCAUACCUCCCCUGUUCCCAUCAACAAUGAGCCCAAAUGGGACAUCUCCAACAUUACCUCCACCCACUCCAAGCAUCCCUCCCCCGUUCACAACAACAAGCCCCAAUGGGACAUCUCCAACAUUGCCCCCACCCACUCCAAGCAUCCCUCCCCCGUUUACAUCAACAAUGAGCUCAAAUGGGACAUCUCCAACAUUACCUCCACCCACUCCAAGCAUACCUCCCCCGUUUACAUCAACAAUGAGCCCAAAUGGGACAUCUCCAACAUUACCUCCACCCACUCCAAGCAUCCCUCCCCUGUUCCCAUCAACAAUGAGCCCAAAUGGGACAUCUCCAACAUUGCCCCCUCCCCCUCCAAGCAUACCUCCCCCAUUCCCAACACCUUCGCAGAAUGAUACAUCCCCAAAUGCAACCUUACCCCCACCCCCUCCAAGCAUAACACCCCCCUUCCCAACACCUUCACAUAAUGCAACAUCUCCAACAUUGCCUCCUCCCCCUCCAAGCAUACCUCCUCCGUACCCAACACCUACACAAAAUGGCACAUCCCCAAAUGCAACCUUACCCCCACCCCCUCCAAGCAUAACUACCCCCUUCCCAACACCCUCACAUAAUGCAACAUCUCCAACAUUGCCCCCUCCCCCUCCAAGCAUACCUCCUCCGUACCCAACACCUUCACAAAAUGGCACAUCUCCAAAUGCAACCUUACCCCCACCCCCUCCAAGCAUAACACCCCCCUUCCCAACACCCUCACAUAAUGCAACAUCUCCAACAUUGCCCCCUCCCCCUCCAAGCAUACCUCCUCCGUACCCAACACCUACACAAAAUGGCACAUCCCCAAAUGCAACCUUACCCCCACCCCCUCCAAGCAUAACACCCCCCUUCCCAACACCCUCACAUAAUGCAACAUCUCCAACAUUGCCCCCUCCCCCUCCAAGCAUACCUCCUCCGUACCCAACACCUACACAAAAUGGCACAUCCCCAAAUGCAACCUUACCCCCACCCCCUCCAAGCAUAACACCCCCCUUCCCAACACCCUCACAUAAUGCAACAUCUCCAACAUUGCCCCCUCCCCCUCCAAGCAUACCUCCUCCGUACCCAACACCUACACAAAAUGGCACAUCCCCAAAUGCAACCUUACCCCCACCCCCUCCAAGCAUAAUACCCCCCUUCCCAACACCCUCACAUAAUGCAACAUCUCCAACAUUGCCCCCUCCCCCUCCAAGCAUACCUCCCCCAUUCCCAACACCUACACAAAAUGGCACAUCCCCAAAUGCAACUUUACCCCCACCUACUCCAAGCAUUCCUCCCCCAUUCACAACACCUCAAAAUGCCACAUCCCCAUCUACACCACCCUCAACCCAGCCACCCGCAACCCAACCUCCCUCGACCCGAACUCCCUCAACCCAGCCACCAGCAACCCAGCCACCCUCGACCCAGCCACCUUCAACCCAGCCACCCGCAACCCAGCCACCUGCAACCCAGCCACCUGUAACCCAGCCACCCACAACCCAGCCACCCUCGACCCAGCCACCCUCAACCCAGUCACCCGCAACCCAGCCACCCUCAACCCAGCCACCUGCAACCCAGCCACCCGCAACCCAGCCACCCACAACCCAGCCACCCUCGACCCAGCCACCCUCAACCCAGCCACCCGCAUCCCAGCCACCUGCAACCCAGCCACCUGUAACCCAGCCACCCACAACCCAGCCACCCUCGACCCAGCCACCCUCAACCCAGCCACCCGCAACCCAGCCACCCUCAACCCAGCCACCUGCAACCCAGCCACCCACAACCCAGCCACCCUCGACCCAGCCACCCUCAACCCAGCCACCCGCAACCCAGCCACCUUCAACCCAGCCACCUGCAACCCAGCCACCCACAACCCAGCCACCCCUGACCCAGCCACCCUCAACCCAGCCACUCGCAACCAAGCCCCCCUCAACCCAGCCACCCUCAACCCAGCCACCCGCUACCCAGCCACCCUCAACCCAGCCACCCGCAACCCAGCCACCCGCAACCCAACCUCCAGCAACCCAGCCACCUGCAACCCAACCUCCCUCAACACAGCCACCCGCAACCCAGCCACCCGCAACACAAUCUCCCACAAGCCAGUCCCCCUCGACCCAACAGUCAGUAAGUCCAGGCUACAUAAUAGCUAGACUGAAAGUCAUGGUUUUAGACAGCCAAAACAACCCCCUUUAUGGUACAUCAGUUAGAGUCAGUGUAACAGGUGGUAGCUCAAAGGACCUGAUAGUUCCUGAGGUGACCAACGUUGUGGAUAUCAUGAGGAUCAUUCCAGCCGAUGGAAGCCUUGGGGUCAUAGUCAGCAAGACGGGUUACUCCAGUAAUGCUGUCCGCUGGAGUAGUGGAAUUACCGAAGAUCUAGUGGUGAGGUUGCAACAGCUACUGGUAGCAACUGUAGAGAUACAGGGUAAUAACAUGCUGAUUGAGAGUGGUUUCAAUGAAUUUGGUCAGCAAGCAAUAAUUCAAUUCGACACCUCGUUGGUUGAUGGAGCAGCUAUUGACGCCUUCUACGCAUUAACCUCCGACACCAAGGUCAUCCCAGAGACAGAAGCCAACUCUAACGGUGCCACGGUUGAGCUGGUGGCGUUGGGGGCGCUAGAGUUGACAAUUAACGAUAAGGAAUCGGGAGAUGUGAUCUCAUUGGACGGAGGGAUUGAGAUGCUUGUACCUCUAGAUCCAGGAUUGAAUGUUAAAGACGGGAACGAUGUUUCUAUUUGGACGUACAACGAGACCACAGCAUUCUGGGAGGAGGCAGGAGUAGGGAAGAUUUUAGUCACUGGAGAUCUUCUUGCUUACUGGCAGUUCACAGCCCCUCAUCUCUCAUGGUGGAUGGCUGCUGAUAGAGCAGACAAAUCAACACCAAAACCGCCAGGACAAACUUUGAAACCAAUCUUACCUGAUACUGGAAGUCAAAUGGGAACAGAGGUUGUUAUAUACGCUUCAGUCGGAACUCUGCUUGCUUAUCUGGCUAUCAUAUUCAUAGGUGUAGGUUGCUGUGCAUGCAGGAAAAUGAGGAAGCAAGAUAAGGAAACGUCGGCCACUCUUCCAGUAGCGUCAACUGAGAUGCAAAUUGAGAUGCAUCCUCAGGUGUUCAACAACAAAGGUUUAGUCUCUGAUGAUGUAGCUAUAGAAGUCAAUGAUAACGUUGAAACCAUGGCAACCAUGGAGCAACCCGACAACCAAACCAGCGCUGAUAUUCAGUUCCAAUCAUCAUAGAACUAAGAAAGGGGUUAGCUUAGUGGAAGUGUCGUGGAGGAGCCGUUAAGAGCGACGAAUACAAACUCUGGUGUUUCUGAUCCGCAGAGUGUGGGUUCGAAUCCCCAGUCGUGACACUUGUGUCGUUGAGCAAGACACUUCACCAUUGCUUCACCCUACGGAUGGGAUGUUAAGUCUUUGGUCCCACAUGUAAGAGAAUGGGUUCGCCCCAGACCAACUGUUAAACGUUGUUUACGCUUUUGUAUUCUUUCAUCACUAUGUAAAAGUAGGUAGGACAUUCAUUUUUGGAAGAGUCUGCGAAAAUGGUACCGAGUCGGUUUUUAGAAUAAGUUUAAUUUGUUUCUUUACUUUCAUUAAUUUCAUAACUGGACAUCAGCUGUGCUAUUAUUUGUUUUUAAUUCAUUUAUAUAUAUAUAUAUAUAUUCAAAUGUGACAACUAUACGGAAUCAUUACUUAAAUUUAAUUUUAUUUUUUAAAGACUUGUAAAACUAUUUUUAGUUCUUUUUAGAUCUAUGUGACAAAUAAUAUACAAGUUAAGUUUCUUACAAAUAAUAAGUUGAGAAAUGAACAAAAAUAGACCACAGACCUUUAGUUCUUUCAUCGUUGCGCUAAAUUCUUUCAAUUUAAUCAAUCAUUAGGCUACUUGGAUUAAUAACCAUCAUUUAUCGUGACACUUGUGUCGUUGAGCAAGACACUUCACCAUAAUACAUUUACACAUAU